AGGUGGGGGCAACGAUGUUUGUUAAAGUCUACUUUCUCUUCGGUUCUGGUGAGGUUUUGGUCGCGCAAUCCGCUUAGUUUGAAUGUAAGACUGUGCGUUGUCCGGUUAUGUGUGCUAAUUGAUUAUUAACUUGUGGGAAAUUGUCGGAAAGAAAAACGUACACCCCGAGUGUGCAUCAACAUUCAGUGGUGCUGUGCUCACGUCUCUCGGUCAGAAGUUUAUAGUCGCGCCCUCGUCCACGUUUGCCCUAGGAUGCACUUCGUAAAUUCGAUAUCGAAUUAGGUUUUUUCUUUCCUACCUGAGUAAACACAACAGCUGAUAUGAGACGUCCGGGUCGACACAGCUUACUGGCGGUGUUUCUAUGUGUCAUCGUCCUCGUUGUUGUACGAACGGAAAAACACUUCAGCCAAACAGAGAAGCAACGAUACGAUGGUUGGUUCAAUAAUUUGGCACAUCCAAAUUGGGGAUCCAUAAAUAGUCAUCUAAUCAGGAGGGCUCCGCCGGCGUACGCAGAUGGAGUUUACAUGCUUGCAGGCCAGAACCGGCCCAGUCCCAGGAAGUUAAGUAGGUUGUUCAUGAAGGGCAUCGAUGGUCUCAGCUCCAUGCACAACAGGACCGCUCUGUUGGCCUUCUUCGGCCAAUUGGUCACCUCGGAGAUUGUGAUGGCCAGCGAGAGUGGGUGUCCCAUCGAGAUGCAUCACAUCGAAAUUGAAAAAUGCGACGAGAUCUACGACAAGGAGUGCAGGGGUGACAAGUACAUUCCGUUCCAUCGUGCCAGCUACGAUAGGAACACUGGACAGAGUCCCAACAGUCCCAGAGAGCAGUUGAAUCAAGUCACGAGUUGGAUAGACGGCAGUUUCAUCUACAGCACAAGCGAGCCCUGGAUCAACACGAUGCGGUCCUUUCAAAACGGAACCCUACUGACCGAUUCCUCGGGAUCCAUGCCCAUCAGGAAUUCCAUGCGUGUGCCGCUCUUCAAUAAUCCUGUUCCGCAGGUCAUGAGAAUGCUUAGCUCCGAACGACUAUUUCUACUGGGUGAUCCAAGAACGAAUCAAAAUCCCGCUAUUCUCACACUAAGUAUUCUGUUCUUCCGCUGGCAUAAUGUGGUGGCAAGUAGAGUACAAAAUCAACAUCCAGAUUGGUCCGAUGAAGAUGUCUUCCAAAGGGCCAGAAGAAUUGUUAUUGCAUCAAUUCAAAAUAUUAUAUUUUACGAAUACCUUCCUGCUUUCUUGGGACAAGAAAUGCCCGAAUACGAAGGUUACAAGCAAGAGGUCCAUCCAGGUGUCACACACGUCUUCCAAACUUCGGCGUUCCGUUUCGGACAUUCCCUCAUUCCUCCAGGUCUCUAUCGCAGAGAUGGAAAGUGCAAGUUUAAGAAAACAUCCAUGGGUCACCUUGCAAUUCGUCUUUGUUCGACUUGGUGGGAUUCAAAUGAUGUCCUUAGCAAUAAUUCGCUUGAGGAAUUGCUGAUGGGUAUGACCUCUCAGCUAGCAGAACGGGAAGAUAGUGUACUUUGCUCUGACGUCAGAGAUAAACUAUUCGGGCCUAUGGAGUUUUCACGAAGAGAUUUGGGUGCCCUGAACAUAAUGAGGGGUAGGGACAAUGGAUUACCCGAUUACAAUACAAUUAGGGCGCAAUACAAGUUGCCCAAGAAAACGGAAUGGAACGACAUCAAUCCGAAGUUAUUCGAGGCCAGACCAGAAAUAUUGAGGGUGCUUGUAGCAGCUUACAAUAACGAUAUCAAUAAUGUAGACGUUUACAUUGGUGGUAUGUUGGAGAGCUACGGCAAACCAGGUGAAUUGUUUACGACCGUCAUCAUCGAGCAAUUCAAUAGAAUUCGCGAAUCCGAUCGGUUUUGGUUUGAAAAUAAAGACAAUGGUAUGUUCACUGACCAAGAAAUUACCGAGUUAAAAAAGAUUACGCUGUGGGAUGUAAUCGUAAAUAGUACGGACAUUAAACCAAAUGAAAUCCAGAACAACGUGUUCUUUUGGAAAGAAGGAGAUCCGUGCCCUCAGCCGAUGCAAUUAAACGCCUCCCAAUUGGAGCCCUGUAAAGUGCUAAGCGGUUACGAUUAUUUCGAAGGUAACGAAUUAGUAUACAUUUAUGCUUGCGUAUUUCUGGGAUUCGUUCCGAUCCUCUGUGCCGGCGCCGGUUACGGAGUAGUGAAGCUACAAAAUCGCCGUAGAAGGCGCCUAAAAAUACGCCAAGAGGAAUUAAGACAUACGGCCGAUGGAAAACUACCGGUGGACACGAUGGUCGUCCAGGAAUGGCUGCACGCAAACCAUAAGCGUCUGGUGAAAGUUAAGUUCGGACCGGAAGUUGCGAUUCACAUUGUCGGCCGCAAAGGCGAAAAGUUACGAACCGUUAACUUCAAGACAGUCGACAUGGUCACGAUCGAAGAAUCCCUGGAAAUCACGACUAAAAAGAAACCGUUGAUCUUAGUCAGGGUGCCCAGGGAUCACGACCUGGUCUUAGAGUUCGAAUCCAUCGGUUCAAGGAAAAAGUUUAUUAUGAAGCUAGAAGUGUUCCUAAAUUCAAACAAGAAGAACCUUAAUUGCAUACAAGUUGUCCGGGAGAUAAUGUUGGCUAAAGCAGAGACGCGAGAGCGAAGACAAAAGAAAUUGGAGCAUUUCUUCAGGGAGGCCUACGCCCUGACCUUCGGUUUGAGACCGGGCGAACGGCGCCGACGAUCCGACGCUAGCAUCGAUGGAGAAGUCGUGACCGUGAUGCGCACCUCGCUUUCCACGAGCGAAUUUGCAAGUGCUUUAGGAAUGAAAGCGGAUGCUGUCUUUGUGAAGAAAAUGUUUAACAUUGUCGAUAAGGAUGGGGACGGUCGCAUCUCAUUUCAAGAAUUCUUGGACACUGUAGUGUUGUUUUCGCGUGGUAAGACUGAGGAUAAAUUGAGGAUUAUCUUCGACAUGUGCGACAACGACCGGAACGGGGUUAUCGACAAGGGCGAACUCUUCGAAAUGCUGCGAUCUCUCGUAGAAAUUGCUAGAACUACUAGUCUGUCCGAUGAUCAUGUCACCGAAUUAAUCGAUGGAAUGUUUCAAGAUGCCGGACUGCAACACAAAGACUUCCUCACCUACAACGACUUCAAAGAAAUGAUGAAGGAAUACAAGGGAGACUUUGUUGCUAUUGGUUUAGAUUGUAAGGGAGCUAAGCAAAACUUCUUGGAUACUUCCACCAAUGUUGCUAGAAUGACUAGCUUCCAUAUAGAUCCACCAACAGACACUGAGAAAAACUACAUAAAGUUAAAAUGGAAUCACCUAACUACAUUUUUGGAAGAAAACAGGCAGAAUAUAUUCUAUCUCUUCGUGUUUUACGUGAUUACAAUUGCGCUCUUUGUAGAACGAUUCAUACAUUAUUCUUUUAUGGCUGAACAUACAGAUCUGAGACAUAUUAUGGGCGUUGGUAUUGCAAUAACCCGUGGUUCAGCCGCCUCUUUAUCUUUCUGUUACAGUAUUCUAUUACUGACUAUGUCCAGAAAUCUCUUAACCAAGUUGAAGGAAUUUUCGAUACAACAGUACAUACCUUUGGAUGCGCACAUUCAGUUCCACAAGAUAGCCGCAUGCACUGCUCUAUUUUUCUCACUGCUUCACACGGUUGGGCAUAUUGUGAACUUUUAUCAUGUCUCAACCCAACCGGUGGAAAAUCUGAAAUGCUUGACCAGCGAAGUCCGGUUUCCAUCAGACUAUAAACCAGGCAUAGCAUUUUGGCUUUUCCAGACGAUUACAGGUGCGACCGGCGUUCUGCUCUUCAUAAUAAUGAGUAUAAUUUUUGUCUUCGCCCAUCCAUUAAUCAGGAAAAAGGCGUAUAAAUUUUUUUGGUCGACACACAGUCUUUACAUCCUCCUGUACGCGCUUUGCUUAAUUCACGGGUUGGCUAGGCUUACCGGCGCUCCAAGGUUUUGGAUGUUCUUCGUCGGUCCAGGAAUUGUCUUCGCUUUAGACAAGAUUGUUAGUUUGAGGACUAAAUACAUUCCACUGGAUGUAAUCGAAACGGAACUCUUGCCAUCGGACGUGAUCAAAAUCAAGUUUUACCGUCCGCCCAAUCUGAAAUAUCUUUCCGGCCAGUGGGUCAGACUCGCGUGUAACACCUUCAAAACCAGCGAAUUCCAUUCUUUCACAUUAACAUCGGCGCCGCACGAAAAUUUCCUGUCGUGUCACAUCAAGGCCCAAGGUCCAUGGACCUGGAACUUGCGAAACUACUUUGACCCUUGCAACUUUAACCCCGAAGAUCAGCCCAAAAUCCUGUUGGAGGGGCCUUUCGGCGGCGGCAAUCAAGAUUGGUACAAGUUCGAGGUGGCAGUAAUGGUUGGUGGCGGAAUAGGUGUUACACCGUACGCUUCCAUCUUGAACGAUCUUGUUUUCGGCACGUCCACCAAUCGAUACUCGGGUGUUUCCUGCAAAAAGGUCUACUUCUUGUGGAUUUGUCCCUCGCAUAAACACUUUGAAUGGUUCAUAGAUGUACUAAGAGACGUAGAGAAGAAAGAUGUCACCAACGUGCUGGAAAUACACAUAUUCAUUACGCAGUUCUUCCAUAAAUUCGAUCUGCGUACAACAAUGCUUUAUAUUUGCGAAAAUCACUUCCAACGUCUAGCCAAGACUUCAAUGUUCACAGGACUCAAAGCAGUCAAUCAUUUUGGAAGACCAGACAUGUCUUCCUUCUUGAAAUUUGUCCAAAAAAAACACAGUUAUGUGAGCAAAAUCGGUGUCUUUAGCUGCGGUCCACGUCCGUUGACUAAGAGUGUUAUGUCAGCGUGCGACGAGGUGAACAAAGGCCGGAAGCUGCCUUACUUUAUUCACCACUUCGAGAACUUCGGUUAAACAUUUUUAAUCCUAGUAAAAAUAUAUUACAUUUUAAUAUAUGUAUUUAUUACCAUCCGUCAUGUUCUCUAUUUAAGAUAUAUGUAGAAUCUGUAUUUUUUUACUAUCUUUUCUCAAAUUAUUU